AGUUUAUCCUUAAAAUCCAGUUGGGUAUGUGAGCGUCCGCCCGAGUCAACAGGGAGUCGCACCCAGUGCCGACCAUUUUUCUGCUUUUUCUCUCAAACUCCGUCUUACAAAUAUCCCGUAUUACCCACCGCCCACUCCCAGUCCACCAUCAGCACCACUUUAUACAACACAACAUGAACAUAGUCCGUGCAUAAAUAAAUACUCCAUCGGUCCAUCCUUAAAAGCACCUGGCCUGACCAGUCCAACUAUCCAUCUUCAAUUUUCCCUUCUAUUUUUCCCCCUCACAACUUCUCCAAAUAUUUAGCCCAAAAGAAAAGAAGGAAAAAGAAAAAGGUCAAAAAUUAUUCAAUGAGCGAUGACUCGUUCACUCAGAAUUCUGUUAUCCACCGUCACAACUGCCAAUUCGACAGCAACGACGUCGUCCCCUCCAGCUAAACACUCGUCACCAGCGGCCGAGCCACCUCAGUCCGUCGCCGUCGAGUCCGACUUCGUCGUAAUCCUCGCAGCUUUACUCUGCGCUCUAAUCUGCGUGGUAGGCCUCAUCGCCGUAGCUCGCUGCGCCUGGCUCCGCCGUGGAACCUCCGGUAAUGGCCGCGUUCCCGGGCAACGUUCCCCUAACAAAGGACUGAAGAAGAAGAUAGUCCAGUCGCUGCCGAAAUACACUUACGACUCCUCCAGUUCCACCACCGGCGCCGGAAAUGGUAUUGGCGCUGUCACGGGUGAUUGUGCUAUCUGCUUGGCGGAGUACGCCGACGGCGACGAGAUCCGAGUGCUGCCACAGUGCGGCCAUGGAUUCCACGUUCAGUGCAUUGACACGUGGCUAGGUUCGCAUUCGUCGUGCCCGUCGUGCCGGCAGAUCCUCGUCGUUGCUCGUUGCCAGAAGUGUGGCGAGUUCCCGGCGAUGAACGUUUCCGGCGCAGCUCAGGUUCCGACGCCAGCGGAGACUCAAGUCAAGCAAACCAGAUCAGACCGUAGAGCAGCAGCUGCAGCAGUUCCGAGCUCGAGCUAUUUUUUACCCUAAAAGGGUAAAUAUAGGUAAAAUAAAAAUGAAAGAAGAAAAAGAAAAGUGGAAAGCUGUAACGGUGAAAACCGCUUAUCUUGUCUGGUUCGGAUGCAUACAAAUGUACAGAGAUUCGGAUUAGAAAGUACAGUGGAAAAAGUUAGAAACCCGUGACGGAAAGGGCGAUCUGCACGUGACCUUUUUUGGACGCAAACAAAGGGAAGAGCGAGAAAGUGAGAAGCGCAGGUGAACCGGUACCACGUGUUGUAUGGCUGAAGAGGAAAAUGGACACAUUGGCUGAAGCCCUAUGUCCCUCCCAUGUCAUUCUCUACCUAAUCAAUUUGUGGAAGCUAUUAAUUCUCUCUUCCAAUUUUUCUUUCUUUUUUUUUUUUUAGGGUAUUGCCACAUUACUCCUUGUAUCGUUGUUAGCUUACUAGUUUAGCCGCCUUAACUUCUCUUUGUGGCCAUCGAUCUAUCUAAGUGUCUUUUACUGUAUUUAAACAUGUAAUUAAAUAAUAUAUAGUAUAUCCACUUAUCCAGAGCAAA